AUGCCACCAGCAGCAACAGUGGAUCAGAGCUAUAUUUCUGUGGGAGCGAAUCGCUCCUCGUCAUGCUCAGCCUCAACCUCGUCCGGCCUGCUCGCCUAUGGCGCUGGGCACCUCGUUGCGCUUUGGAACGCAGACCCGAGCAGUAGUAAAGGUGCACAUGCUACUUUGCCGGGACACACCGGUGUGGUCACUACCGUCAAACUCUUGCAAGACGAGGAUGCCGAAGGGAAGGGAGCUGCCUUCAUCAGUGGAGAUGCUGCAGGGAAUGUGAGGGCAUGGAAGCAUGACCAUGGUCAGGUAGCUCAGAUGGUCUGCUCGGCUAGCUUUGACGCCCAUUCGCAGUGGUCAAUAUCAGCCAUAGCGGUCUGUCCCGCUGGUCCGCUUGAAGGCCACGUCCUUACCGGAGCUUCUGACGGUUGUAUCAAGCUCUGGCGGCUGAAAGGCUCGGGAGCAGAGCUAGUCCAGACGAUGGACCUGAAGGGGAAGCUGCCGCUGGACAUGGAAAUAUCUUUACUACCCGGAUCAAGCGCUCCAGUCCUCAUACUAGGCUGUACCGACCGUCGCAUACAAAUCUACACGAUCAAGGAUACGAAACUCGAAUAUGCGUUUUCCUUGGAGGGACAUGAGGACUGGGUUCGCUGUCUCGCCAUCACCGCCUAUCCCUCCUCCGCCGAAAGCGGCGACUCGGACGUCCUCGUGGCUAGUGGAUCGCAGGACAAUUACAUUCGGCUGUGGCGUAUAUCUCCAGUCACCGAGCGGGCGGAUCAAACAAACGGGGAUCAGAACCAUGUUGCGGACGGAGCAGAAGGCGAGAAGGGGAACGCGCUGGACAUGCUGGAUGAGUUUGAGCGGAAGUUGGCUGGUGAGGCGGGAUAUGGCGGGAGUGUGCAGAUAUCGACCAAGGCGCAUGUCCUGGCCGUUGAUGACGGCUCAACUACCCAGCGCUUCAACGUCACACUCGAGGCUCUGUUGAUAGGCCACGAAGGCGGCCUGUCAAACCUCCACUGGUCCCCUUCCACCCCUUCUUCAUCACCCCACCUCCUCUCGACCGCUUCCGACAACUCACUCAUCAUCUGGACGCCUUCUUCCGACGGUAUUUGGAUCCCCGCACACCGGUUCGGAGCACUAGGCGGACGGGGACUAUCAUUCUUCGGUGCAUUAUGGGGGAGGGAGGGGCGGUCUGUAUUGGCCAGUGGAUGGAAUGGCGGGUGGGAGCGGUGGGUCCGCACGGACCAAGGAGAGGAGGGGGAGAGGUGGGAGCCGAAAGUCGGCUUGAUGGGCCAUUGGGAAGACGUAAGGGGAGUGGAGUGGAGUCCAGGAGGAGAGUAUCUGUUAUCUGUCAGCUCCGACCAGACUACCCGGAUACACGCCUCAACCUCCCUCUCUGGUCAGCCGCCAAGAUGGGCCGAGAUCGCUCGACCACAAGUACACGGGUACGACCUGACCUGCGCCGCGUGGCUAUCGCCGUAUCGCUUCGCAAGUGGGGCAGAUGAGAAAGUCACGCGGGUGUUCGAUGCGCCGGGCGGGUUUGUCGAGAGUCUGAGCAGCUUGGGCGUGAGAGAGAUGGAAGGGGAGGAAGGAGAAAGGCCAAAGGGGGCUACUGUCCCGCCUCUUGGGUUGUCGAAUCGAGCUUUAGACCAGAGUAAGCUGACAAUGUCAGCGGUGGACGCCACGAUGAUUCCGACAUCGCACCACGCCCAAGACUCAAUAUCUCGUGCCAUGACGGCUUUACCGACCGAGGAAGAGCUCGCUACCUCCACCCUCUGGCCAGAAAUAGAGAAGGUCUAUGGACACGGCUAUGAGCUCGUCUCCAUGGCCGCCUCCCACUCAGGUCGCCUCCUCGCCACCUCCUGCCGUGCCACUACCGCCGAACACGCCGUCGUCCGCCUCGUAUCUACCUCAUCGUGGAACACCGUCGCCAUCCUCCCUGGGCACACUCUCACCGUCACGCGGAUCCAGUUCAGUCCGGACGAUCGGUAUAUCCUCACUUGUUCGCGAGAUCGGGGGUGGCGGGUCUUCUGUCGAACGGAGGGGGAAACAGGGAAGGAAAACGGGGGAUGGGAGAUGAUAGCGGGGGAGGAAAAGGCGCAUGCGAGGAUGGUAUUGGAUGCGUGCUGGCUCAAGGGGUCUGGGGGGUUCGCUACUGCUAGUAGAGAUAAGACGGUAAAGGUCUGGAUGCCUAGCACAGGCGAGGGGAAGUCAACAUGGACACUGGCGGCCUCGAUCAAGCUAGACGAGGGCGUCUGCGCCGUUGAUGCUAUCUCCACCUCGGGAGGCAGAGAGGUAUUGGCGGUAGGGACGGAAAGUGGCAGAAUAUGGCUGUAUGAGCUCUCCCGGGCGGAAGGCGGAGACGGGGAGAUGAAGGAGACGUUGCUGUCGAAGUUGGACGAGAGUAUAUCACAUGUGCAGGCGAUCACUAGAUUGGCGUUUAGGCCUGGGGAGAGGGAGGGUGAGGGGUUGGAGCUGGCGAGCUGUAGUGAGGACAGGAGUGUCAGGGUGUAUACCGUGAAGUAA